AUGGUCAACAUCCCGAAAGUAAGGCGGACUUUCUGCAAAUACAAGGAAUGCAAGCGCCACACCCAACACAAAGUUACUCAAUACAAAGCUGGCAAGCGAAACCCUAAAGCCCUGGGAGAGAGGAGAUAUCAUAUGAAACUCCGAGGUUAUGGUGGACAGCCGAAGCCUGUUUUCAGAAAGAAUGCCAAGACUACGAAGAAGCAGGUCCUGAGGUUGGAAUGUCAAAAUUGCCACAAGAAAACCCAGCUGUCGCUUAAAAGGUGUAAGCACUUCGAACUCGGAGGCCAGAAGAGGAAGAAGGGACAGAUGAUCCAAUUCUAA